AUGAUGAAGACGCUAGAAUCAAAUUUCCAGGUAACAAUUUCUGUCCUUCAAAGUCUAACUAGCUCAGAACUUUUUGAUGGAACAUACAGCUACAGUACCUGGAGCCCAAACUGGAGUAAGACUACUCCCACUUACGAAAUAAAAAGCAACAGCGCCCAAACUCCAUCCAUUUGGAAAGACGAGUUCGAUCAGUCGAAGACUCCAGAGAAUUUAGAUUCAACUGAUAUUCUUGCAGACUCGUGGAGAGAUCUUUGCAAAGAUACUCACGGUGCAAACUGCACGACAUUUAUACUGUCACCAAAUGAGCAGUUUAUUGUUGGACAGAUAACCGGAAAGAAAUUAUGGCGACGAUCUAGCCAGAAGUUCUUCACAGUCAGUUCUAUCGAUCAAAAUACAAAGCAAAGCACUCCUGACAGUAUCAUCAACAAUUUUUUCAAAGAUAAAUAUUGUCUCUACGCCGGAUGGGCACCGAACGCCGAGGGUGAACAAGCACUCGCAUUUGUUUGCGGCUUCGAUGUCUACGUUCUCUUUCCGGGAAAAAAUACUGAAGCGGAGAAGAUUAAACGAGUGACAUAUAAUGGUGAUGAGUUUAAGAUGCUCAACGGAGUAACAGAUUGGGCCAACGAGGAGGAGAAUAUCAAGGCUGACAAUACCAUCUACUGGUCACCUGAUGGAAAAAAGCUUUUGUUCGCUUCCUACAACGUCGAGCAAGUUGAUCUUCUUCGAUAUUCGACCUUCGACACAAAGAACGGAUACCAGGAAUUUAGCAAACUAGAAGAUGCCUACCCGACUAUCCGAGAAAUUCCAUAUGCAAAAGCAGGAGGCAACUAUGCUGGAGUGACAUUAACAAUCGUCGAUGAUUUCGUUGAUAAACCGACAGGCGACGAACUGUCUCUUCCAGUAGAUAUCACAGACAUGGCUCAUCUUAGUCGAACAUCUUGGUCACCAGACAGUGAUUGGUUCGUUAUGAGCUGGAUCAACCGAGACACAACUACUCGGAGGACAUUUGCAUGUCGAAAAAAUGGAGACUGGACUGCCGAACAAAUUGAUAUGGAAACUUCCACAGACCACUGGGUUGGCUUUAAAGGUCCUUUCUAUCCGAAAGCAACAGAAACAUAUGGUAAAUAUCUCACGAUUUUGUCAAGAGAAGAUGAAGGCGAUAGCUACUGGCGAGUCGUUACUGCUACGAAGAAUGGUGCUGCUGCCAAUUUCGAAGAUUGGCCGCACACAGGGAGCGAAAAUAAAAAUAAAUACGUUGUUUCGGAUAUAAGCGUGAAUAAAGUUAUUUCAUUGAAUAACAAAUACUAUCCACUAUAUACGUAUGCCGCUCCUUUGCCGUCACAGCGACAUCUCUAUUUUUCUCCUGACGGUGUAGAUGUUUGCAUCACAUGCGGUCUGAUGGAUCUGGAACAUCCGACAGGAGACGACAAAAAAAGCUGCGACUGGGUUGACACACGAUUUCACCAGCGUUCUGAUACCGAGUACAUUAUUAUCGCCAGUUGCAGAGGACCAGGAGUACCCGUCACAUACGUUUCUACUUUCGAUAUCGCUGGAAAGUCACAGCUUGAGCUUGGAAGCUACUUGACAAAUCUCAAUUGGGAGCUCCGAAUCGAUAACAUGAGACUUCAGGAAGUCAAGAAUGAAAAGCAAGCCGGAUGGUAUCAGAGGAAAUCUGGCACUUUCGCAUCUCCGUGGUACCCAGAAAAGCCCCUAAACUACGAGCUGUACUUGCCAUCAAAUUUUGAUGCGACCGCGGUUGGAAAAUACGCACUUCUAGUAUUCGUCUACGGCGCCCCAGAAUACCAAAAUGUCGAUCAACGAUGGACAACUGACUUCGUCAAAGCAUAUCUUCCAUCUUCGUACGACGUUGUAACAGCUGUCAUUGACGGGCGAGGAAGCGCUUACGAAGGAGAUAAGUUUAUGCACCUUUUAUACAAAAAACUCGGACAAUUGGAACCCAUCGAUCAAGUGGACACUGCGAGACAUAUUUUGAACACACACCCAGCAAUCGAUCCGAAACGCACGGCUAUUUACGGCUGGAGUUAUGGAGGAUACGCUACUUCCCAUGUUCUCGGCUAUGACGCCGGAAACACUUUCAAGUGUGGAGUUGCAGUUGCGCCAUUAGCAGACUGGAGGUACUACGAUACUAUUUACGCCGAGCGAUACAUGGGUGAACCGGACAAAAAUCUCGAAGCAUACCAAAAAGGAUCGAUUGUUGAAGGCCAUCCACGAGAAAACUACCGAAACGUCAACUACACAAUCAUUCACGGAACUGAUGACGACAACGUCCACUUCCUCAAUGCCGUUGCUCAGCAAAAAAGCCUUGUGAAAGCUGGUAUUGAAAUCAAGGCCGAGUUCUACGCCGAUGAGGACCACUCAAUUCGCUCCACUUCGAAAAUCCAACAGCAUGUCUACCGAAAAAUCCUUAAAAACAUUCUCGACUGCUUUGGUUAUGAAUGGCGUAAUUAG